GAAGAAAAUGCGAACAUUUGUCUCAAUAGCCCAGAGUGCCUGGGGGAUUUUUAUAUCAGAAAGGAAGCCUGGCUGGAAGUACCUGAUGCAGCUCUUUGCAGUUUGCUCUGCAGUUGGCUUCCUCUCAAGUGUUCUCUUCUUUCUUGGCAUAAAGUUCUCCCUGGCACACUGGCCUUUGGAUCCGUUACUGAUUUCUGGAUUCACCUGGAUCACGUUUUCUGCUGCGCUCUGUUCCUCCAAGCACCUGCGCUGUUUCAGCAUCCUGUUCAUCCUUUCCUGCGGACUGCGAGAAGGCAGAAAUGCUCUUAUUGCUGCUGGUACAGGUGUUGUGGUAGCUGGCCACAUCCAAAGUGUUUUCCGCAACCUGAAGGUCCUGGCAGACAGCAUAACCUGCCAUUUGGAGGUUGAGCAAUUUACCUUGAUAAAACAUUACAUUGAGGCAAUAAAAUGGAUUUUCCAGAUGGCCAAGUUUUCCACUGAGCUAUCUAAAGACAUAGUGUCACUAAGUCACGAAUUCACGCCAUCUUAUUCAAUUUCAGAUGACACACUGAAACAGGAGCUAAAUAAUACAAAGCAGGAAAUCCAGAAAGUUGCUAACCAGAUAUCUUUUAUGCUGACUGUACUGCCCUGUAUAGGAAAGAGAGUAUUGCCUAUAAUAGGGAUUUUUCUAGUUCCUUUAGGUACAGGCCUGUUUAUCAAAAAAUUUGUGGGAUCUCACACUGCAAAGUUUAAAAAUACUUAUAUCACAAAACAGUUUGUUGCAUUUGAUGAACAUCAAAGGCAGCAACAAAAACCCUGUGUUCUGCCACUUAACAGAAGUGAAAGAAAAGAUUAUGUGACAAUCCCAUCUUUCUCUCUCACAUGGAAAGAUAGAAAAAACAUGCGACGUUUUCUGCUCCCUGUAAUUAUUCAUCUUUGCAUCUGGUUUCUAUUUGCUGCAAUAGAUUACUUGCUUUAUUGGUUAAUUAUUUCUGUGAAUAACCAUCUCCAAGAAUUGCCAGAUCAAGAGAUUGGGCUCAUCCUCUUUCAGCAAAACAACUUUAUCAUUGGGGAUAGAAAGCUUAUCGUAAAGAAUGACACUUUCAAGAUCUCUUUGUUUAAGCAUGACUGUAUCCCUAAGCCAGAACUUUAUCUGUCUGCAACAUGGAUCCAACUUGGAAUCAUUGUCUUCUUCUUAAUAAUUUUGGGAUUAUUCUCUGGUGUCCUCACUCAAUUUAAAAUACUCGUGUCAACCUCAUUUUAUCCUGACACCGAGAUGAAACGGGUAUGUUAUCUGCAUGCAAAAUUACUCAAGAAAAGAGCAAAGCUGCAACAGAAAACUGUGCAGAAGAAUGCGUUUGCUAGAACGGUUAACUUUUGGUUUCCAAUUCUCAAGGCAACAGUGGCAGUGAGGAAGAAAGAAAGAAAUGUGAUAAAUGACAACACAGUGUGA